GCGUUGCCGGGCAGCGCCGGACGCGACGCGGCUGGAACCGGGUCGGCGAGGCCCGCACCUCUGCCUCCAAGGCCUCCCCGACCCCGGGCCGGGCCCCGCCAUGCCCCGGGGGAGACGUGGGAGCCGGGUGGGCGCCCUGGAGGGCGGCCGGGAGGAAGCGGCGCCCCCGGCCGAGCGGGUUCUGCUCCGGGGCAUCUUCGAGAUCGGGAGCGGCGGCUGCGACGUGGAGCUGGGCGAGAGGGCCCUGCGCUGGCGCCCGAUUCGGCCCGAGCGCCCCGCGGGUGAUUCCAAGUUUGAUCUGCUAUGUAAAGAAGACUCGAUUGAGCUCAAAGACAUAUUCUCAGUGAAACUGAAACGGCGUUGUUUCUUUAAACAGCAAGGAAGUGGCACUUUAUUAGGCAUCACACUUUUCAUCUGCUUGAAAAAGGAACACAAUAAAUUAAAGGAUUCUACACUUGAUCUGAUUAAUUACAGUGAAGAGCACUGUGACAUAUGGUUUAGAGAGUUGAAGAAAAUUUUGGCAGGUUUUUCAGACAGGCCAAAAUCAUUAAAAAUAUUCCUUAAUCCACAAAGUCACAAUAAAGAAGCCUCUGAAGUCUACUAUGAGAAGGUUGAGCCCCUGCUAAAGCUAGCAGGAAUAAAGACUGACGUGACAGUAACAGAAUAUAAAGGCCAUGCCCUGUCCCUCCUUAAGGAAUGUGAACUCCAAGGAUUCGAUGGUAUUGUCUGUGUUGGUGGAGAUGGAUCUGCAAAUGAAGUAGCCCACGGUUUGCUUCUCAGAGCCCAGGAGAGUGCCGGGAUGGAAAAGGACUGGGUCUUCACUCCAGUCCGAGCACAGCUUCCUCUCGGUUUAAUACCCGCAGGAUCUACUAAUGUAUUGGCACAUUCUCUUCAUGGAAUCCCUCAUGUGGUCACUGCAACUUUGCACAUUAUAAUGGGACACAUACAACCCGUCGAUGUCUGCACCUUUAGCACCACUGGCAAGCUUCUUCGCUUUGGGUUCUCAGCCAUGUUUGGUUUUGGUGGAAGAACUCUGGCUUUGGCAGAAAAGUACCGAUGGAUGUCCCCUAGCAAACGGAGAGACUUUGCUGUGAUUAAGACCCUGACAAGGCUUAAGCCUGAGGACUGUGAAAUAUCAUUUUUACCAUUUAAUGGCUCUCAGGAUGAAGGAGAAAGGAUGGCACGGGAAUCUGUGAAAUCCGACUGUGGUAAGCAAUGGCGGACGAUCCAAGGUCAGUUCCUGAACGUCAGCAUCAUGGCCAUUCCUUGCCUGUGUUCAGUGGCGCCCAGAGGCUUGGCACCUAACACCAGAUUAAAUAAUGGAAGUAUGGAUCUCAUAAUCGUACGGAACACUUCUCGGUCAGAAUUUAUAAAACACCUGAAAAGAUAUGCCGGUGUGAAGAAUCAGGACCAGUAUUAUCAAGAACUGCCACUGUUAUACUUAUCUGAGUUUAAUUUUCCAUUCAUUGAGACUUACAAUGUUGAAGAAGUAAAAGUUCAUCCAAGAAGUACAGUUGGAUACAAUCCAGAGGAGGAGGAUGGACCUCAGGAAACUGCUUUCCCUUGGAAUGUGGAUGGUGACUUAAUGGAAGUUGCAUCAGAGGUCCAUGUUAGAUUACACCCAGGACUUAUCAGUUUUUAUGGUGGAAGCAUAGAAGAAGUGAAUGAUCCCAAAGUAACCUGCAGUUGUUUAUAAAAGAAAUAUGUAAACUAGCAUUUUAAUAUGGAUGGACUUGGUCAUGAUUUAAACAGAUAUUCUAAUAGAAAAUGCAUUUUUGAAAGAAAUUAAAGUUGGUAUUUUUGGUACUACUAAAAAGUAGGUGCCAGGGCUUUGAAAAUCAGGAUUUAGAAAUGUAAACAUUUUAAAUUCUAGUUUUUAGAAGGUGUUUAUUGGAAGUGAAAGUAAACAUUUCAUACCCUUAGCUAUUAUCAGGAUAUAUCUCUAUUUAACCAAAGUAAUUCCAAAGCAAAAUCAUUUGAGUUCUUUUAUUUUCUAGGAUUUAAGCCCAUCAAGUCUGAUGUCAAAUUUCCUAUAGGCUGGUACAAACAGAGCAUAGAGAUUUCUUAGGACCACAUUGAUGAGGUAACUAGUCCACAGGAGUUACAAAA